AUGGCGAUGACCGGUGAUGUGGCGUCAGAUAUAAGUAAAAUCGAACUUGAUAUACAUGGUAUAAAACAGCAGAUCGAUCAGUUUGAGGAAAUUCUCAAGAGUGCGGAGUCUGGCCACACAUCGGUUUCCACUCUCAAUGAGAAAUACCACGAAAUAAUUCUCUCUACCAAGGAUCUUUCUCAGCACCUGAAGGCUCUUCGGGGGGCGUCCUACGCUCCUGGUGUUAGUGAUGAGGUGCGUGCCAGAGCGCGUAACCUACACGAGCAGGCCAUAAAUCAGACUACUCGGAUCCAGCGUAUCGGUCGAGAGACCCAACGAAUUUCCGCCGCUCGAUCUCGUGCUGCCGCCGCUGCUUCUCAGGGCCCCACUGGCGCCAUUCUUGAUCCUAAGGGUGGCGGUACAGGUGGAAUGCAGCAGAUGCUCCAGAUGCAGGAUGACGAGCAGACAGCACGGGAGAUGGAAGCUCUGGAAGCGGAUAUCAUAAUGAUUAAUGAGCUUUUUACUACUCUUGCAACAUACGUCCACGACCAAGGCGAAAUUGUUGACUCGAUUGAGGCCAACACCGAAGCCGCUUACGUUCAGGUGCAAUCGGGUGUGCAACAGUUGCAUACAGCAGUACAACACCGAAGAUCGGCGCGUCGUCGAAAAUGCAUGUGCGCCCUCGUCCUUGUGGUUGCUGUGAUCAUAGUUGGCCUAAUUGUCGGGUUGAGUUUGCGGGAUAAAGGUUAA